AUGUCUGGAACGCGUCCUCCACAGGCAGUGUCGUUCACCAUCGACAAGCCCGUCUUCGGACGGCUCGAGGUCUUCGCAGACACCAACGCUGAGGGGAUCGUCCGAAUCGACAAAAAGCGUCGGGACAGGAGCAAGCCCGUCAUCCACUAUCUCUCGGAUGAUACCUUUGCCCUCUGUGGUUCCCGUGAGCAAGCCCACGCCAUGCUCAGCAAGAUUCUUAGUUACAGCGACAAGGCUAUGUUCACCUGCGUCGCGAGACUCGUUACCGACGCGGAGAAGGCGGUUGAAUCCACCCCUAGGCCAGCCUUGACUCAGCACGAGAUUCACGACAGUCUGCAUAACGACACCAGCAAGACCAAGUCUCUUCCCACCUCCAAGCUCGACGGAACAGUACUUUCUCGCCGUAGCCUCGACGCGGCUUUGAAAAAGUGGUCAGACUGGGGCAAUCCCUGGUAUGAAGCUGAGUCUGCUUGUAGAUGA